CGCAUCCGCGGUAACAUGGUUUCCAGUUCCAACAAGAUGACGCCAUGGCUGAUGGCAUUCUUCUGUCUGGCAACCGCGAGCUGUUCGAACGUCACGGACCAGCAAACAUCGGAAACACAACAUGAUCAAGUGGCGAUCUUGAAGCAAAUCAGAAAGGUGAACGAAGACGGCUCUUACACGUAUGGUUACGAAGCUGGUGAUGGCUCAUUCAAGGUCGAGAGUCGUGAUGUUUUGGGCAACAUUAAAGGCACGUUCGGUUUUGUCGACGCUAACGGCGAGAUAAAGAGGGUUUCGUACUCCUCUUCGAACGGGACGGGUUUUAAAGCAACCACCAUGUCACCAUUGCAGGAACACGUAUCAGUCGUACAAAGUAUGCCGCGCAUUAACCGUACGUUAACUACGAAAAGACCGACCAUCGUGUACGCCACGACGACGGAAUCGUCGACCAGACCGUCAGUGGUACAGUCAAUUCCUCGAACAAGGAAGACAACUACGAGUACCACCACGACGACCACAAGCACUACCACUACAGAGGCACCGAAGACGAUAUUCGGACACUACUUAAAGGGCACGGCGAAGAAUAGGCCGCGUUUAGUCAUCAAUGGCCAGCAGAGACCGAUCGUCAUAGAGGAAGACAUCGAAGACGAAGAUUCGCAAAUUAAUCGACCCAGUACGGAUGACAAGAGUGGUGCUUAUCGAAAGAUCAUCUUUGCCAAGCGACCGAUUGAACACAGUCUCCCGCCGAUCUCUGAGGAUUUCGUAGAGAAGGAAGACGAGGUCAAAAUCACGACGGGGAACAACUUGAGGAGGCAAUUGCACGACGAGACAACCAAGUCGAAUUCUGAUGAUAACGACGAACAUUCCGACGUUUACGGCGGUUCAUUGUCCACGACGCGUCCUUUGUUCACCACGACAUCUCCAUCGCGAAUUCUCCAGAGGGUUUCCACUACUCCGCGCACAGAACGACCGAAAUUCUAUGUCAAUCGUCAAGAAAAUCUAGGAGCGGGUGGUCGAUUCGAUAGUCCGAAGUACGAAGAUUCUCGGGUCUACGAGACUGAGACGAAACCCACCCAGGAGGAGCGUACGUCGACUCAGCAGACCCUACUUCACGGUUCUACAACUAGGGUACCAGCAGAUAUUCGGAACUAUGUCAGACAGAGCACCGAGCCUGUCUUCAUGAGACAGCAGCCCGAGCAGUAUCUGCGAGAAUUGCCGCCCAGGAUACUCGUUCCGUCCCAACCGGGCAAUCUCGAGGAAGAGGGAGGCGUCUACAGAGCAAUACCGAUCAGUAGAAUCCUGUUAAGGCCUCCGUCGAAUCAUCAGCCGGUCUACUCGAGCACGACAGAUGCCAACGUUCAUUACCUGACGGAGACUCCCGUACCCGAUCCCGAAGAUGAGGCGCGGAUCGCAAUAAACAUGAACUAUAUGCGUCCACGUCCUGUACGACCGCUGAUGUAUUCGGACGCCGACCAAAGAGCACGGCCGAUCCUGCGACCAAUUCCAAAUGCAGUAGUUCAUCCUGACGACAGGGACUAUCAGGCAACCACGCCCGAGACUGUAUAUCCUUACCGGACUGGCGCACUGCCGCUGCCUCCAGAGCCACCGAAUCCGAUCGCACCGCCUCUGAGUCGACGAGACUUCCAAACGUUGCUAAGGAGGCUACUGGUGAGCCAAUAUGGCAUACAAGCCCUAUCAUACCCAAAGAGCUUCCUCGAAGAUGCUUUAUAUGAUCAGCAGCCAUAUCCUUCGUAUCCAGCGGGCUUUCAGGCGCCGCUUCCGAGACCCGAACUCGCGUUCGAUCAACAAGCGCAAUACGGUGAGCGAGUGUCCCUGAGACGUCCGGUGUACCCUCGGGCUCUAAGCCCGCUCUAUCAACCCCAGUAUGACGAGUACCACGACAGAUAUCCCAAAAGAGUGUAUAGGCAGAAAUUUUACACACAUGACGUAGACGAAAAUGACGAGAUCUUACCAGCGCCUAUUAGGGAAGCUUUGCUGCUGCGAAUGGUAAAUCUAGCGAUCAACACCGAACGAUCAACGACCGUUCCGAUGACCACCACGACACCAGCAUCGAGAUACAGAAAGGCAGGCCCAGUCAGAAGCGUGCAGAUCAUUACGGACGAUGAGGAGGAAAAGGACACGAGGAAAAAGAUGUAACGAGUGGGUUAGAAGUAGUUAGGAAUUACGAAAAAGUAUUACUUAUUGCAAGUACAUAAAACGAGUUAAAUUAUUGUAGAAUUUUAACUUAAUUGUUACGACUUUUUUUACAAGAUGAAAGAACCUUGACAAAAGUUAACGAAUUUGCUUCCAACAAACGAUUCUUAAAUAUGUAAUUUUUACCAUCACUAAUUAUCCUGGAACGGUAUCAAAUUCUCACGGUAGUAUAUUUAAGCAUGACGAAGGGGCUUACGUCAACGGUAAUCUUUUUUUUGUAGUGGACGAACGGAUAUGUCCAUCAGCAUGUAAGGAUCAAUGUCUUACACGCAACGGACGCAUUCGUGUCGUUAAUGAAUCGAAUCGUUUCGCGAAAGGGAAAUCGUUGCUGCGCAGCCCGACCGAUUUUCUGCACGAUAGCUUGCCAACAUUUGUUGACGCAUAUUUACGUACUUUAGAAUAGGUGCAUCAGUGUACAACCAACUAAGUAAUAGUCGGAUAAUUAAAUUUCUUUUCUAAGUAAAGAUAUUUUAUUUUCUCAUACAUUUAUCUUACAGGUAUCGCAUAACAUUUUUCUCACGCUGCUGAGAUUUGCAUAUAAAUUAUGUCGUUUAAAAUUAAUAACGAGGAAAGAAUGUUGAAAUAACAAAAUCACCAGUAAAUAACAUUCCAAUAGAUGACAAAUUUAAUUUAUAAUUGCAUAAUGGUUAUAUAUUACGAUAACUAGUGUAAUUAUUAUCCGCGACUUUGAAAAAUAUGGUAUUCUUAUUCCUUAUGUCUAUUUUUACCAAUCUCUUAGAAACCGAGCAAAUACAUUGAGCAUUUAUUAUCAACAGUCAAUCACUGAUGCAUCUAUCUUAAACGAGUAUUCAAAAGAAAUCUCUUUUAUGAGAGGUACUCUGUUAAAACGCACCGGACAAUACCAGCGAAAGUUCUAGAUCCUAAGGCAUCUUUAACAUGCUCCCUGCUUACGACUGUAAAUACGAUGUUACGUAAGAGAUUAGU